UGUCGGAGAUGCGGUAGCGUUAGUCUUGGAAGCAUGAGCCAUGCAAUCAGUCCGCUCUCUCUUCUCCCAAAGAAAGGGCUCAGCUGCUUGGCCUCACCAUCCACCCUUCCUCUACCCCCACCCCCAGUCCUACCCGCACUAUCGCCUUUGCCAGAAAAGGGGAGAAGUCUUUUGGGGGGGCUGUUUCAUCACUACCACAACACACACACACACACACACACACACACACACACAGACACUCUGUGCCCAAGCUCUGGGUGCCCACACCCGUCUUGCAUGAGAGGAGCAAGGAGAGGUGGCAGAGCUAUCGUGCAGAAGGAGCAGCAAUUAUAUAACUCGCGUUUGGGUUCUCCUGGAAGAUGGAAGAAGGGCGACAGGAUGACAGCACAUACAUAUAUUCAGUCAGAUUCUUCCCCAGAAGUAACGCAAGGAAGAUUAAAAACUGCUGACAUUGUGGAAAAAAAUUUAUGGCGUCUCACAAGAAGUGAUCAGAACUUAUAUACUUAUGGACCACUGUAUAUUGGAACAACUUCAUCUUGUUGUGGAAUUUUGGCAAACUACCUUUUUAGGAAUUGUAUGAAGGUUAAACAGCAUCCAUUUCAAACAUUUGUGCCAUUGUCUGCAAUCCCAUUUUUGACCACUGCAGUAACUUAUAAGUUCCUUGUAACAGAUUACAUAAGUUCUGGUGAGUUAACUGUGGACUCAUGUAUUUUGAGAGGUGCCUUUGUUUCUGCAAUAUGUGGUGUCUUUCAUCCCUCUGCUUUGGCCUUUUUCAAAAAUGGGCGUCUGGCAGUCAGGUAUGAAACUGUUCCAUUACCUCCAAGAGGAAGGGUUCUCUACCACUGGACUCUACUUUGUCAAUCAGCUGCAAAACUAAUGAUUAUUCCUAUGGUCAUACAGAUUAUGUAUGGAGGAAAUCUUGCUUUUCUGCAGUAUACAAUAUUUAAAAGAUUAUUUCAGUUGCUUGAACAUGACUGACUUUAAAAUUAAUCUUUUAAUGUUUACGAUGAGAUUUGGAGCAUUUCAUGAAAGAGCUAAAUAUAAAUCAUAAGCAAGCAACAUAAUGUUAUAAUAUAUGUGCAAAUAAAAAUUAUAUUGUCCUUGA